GGUGCGGGAGCGGGAGAUGACCGGGAACCGAGUAGGCAAGCUCUGCAUCUGGCUGCUGCUCUUGGUGUCGAGGCUGAAGCCGCUUUUAGGGGAUGUGCAAGAAAUUGAUGAGUCACUGGAGUCAAAGCCAAAUGAACAAAGUGAUCAAAUGAGAGAUCAGCCAACAGGAACCAGAGUCGUUGCUGGGCAGAUCAUGGACACAGAAGAUUUUGAGGAAAGUAAACCCGACAAACAUGAUGCUGCCUCUGAAGAAGAAAGUGUAAACACAGAUAAAGAUGUUCAAAAAGCAAUUGGUGGGACUGCUGAUGGAGAAGCCUGUGUAUUUCCCUUCCUCUUCAUGAGCCAGGAAUAUCUGAGCUGUACCACCGACGGAAGAAAUGAUGACAGACUCUGGUGUGCAACAACAUACAACUAUAAUCAGGACAAGAAAUGGGGAUUUUGUGAAACUGAUGAAGAGGCCAGUCAACGCAAGAUUGCACAGGAAGCAGAGAGAAUUUACCAUAAUGGAAUGAAAAUGAUCAAUACUACAAGUAAAAAGAACCAAAAGAAAGAAGGUUAUAAAAUACUUAUGCAAGCUGCUGAGCUGGGAAAUAUUAAGGCCAUGGAGAAGGUGGGCUAUGCCAUGCUACUGGGUGACUAUAUGAAGUUGGACAUUGGAGCUGCCAAGGGUUUCUUUGAGAAGCUUGCAGAACAGGGUUCACCGAAAGGUCAAACAGCUCUUGGGUUCCUUUAUGCAUCUGGUGUGGGUGUCCAUUCAAGUCAAGCUAAGGCGUUAGUGUUUUACACAUUUGGAGCUCUUGGAGGAAACUUGUUGUCACAUAUGAUUUUGGGCUAUAGAUAUUGGGCUGGCAUUGGAGUCCCUCAGAGCUGUGAAUCCGCUUUAACUCAUUACAAGCUGGUGGCAAAUUAUGUUGCCAGUGAUGUGUCUUUAACUGGUGGUAAUGUUGUUCAGAGAAUUCGUCUUCUUGAUGAAGCUGAGAACUCUGGUGUUAGCAGUGGAAUGCUGGAGGAUGAUUUAAUUCAAUAUUACCAAUUCCUGGCUGAAAAGGGAGAUGUCCAAGCACAGGUUGGACUUGGUCAAUUACAUCUGCAUGGAGGACGAGGUGUAGAACAAAAUUAUCAGAGAGCAUUUGAUUACUUCAAUCAGGCAGCAGCCACUGGAAAUGCUCAUGCAAUGGCUUUUCUAGGAAAAAUGUAUUCAGAGGGUAGUAGUGCUGUACCCCAGAACAAUGACACUGCGUAUCAUUACUUCAAGAAAUCGGCAGACAUGGGUAAUCCAGUUGGGCAGAGUGGCCUGGGAAUGGCUUACUUGUAUGGAAAGGGUGUCCCAGUGAAUCAUGAAUUAGCACUGAAAUACUUUCAGAAAGCUGCUGAGCAGGGUUGGGUGGAUGGACAACUUCAGCUGGGCUCCAUGUAUUACAAUGGUAUAGGUGUGAAGAGAGAUUACAAACAAGCUUUGAAGUACUUUAACCUCGCAUCACAAGCUGGACACAUACUGGCUUUCUAUAACUUGGCUCAGAUGCAUGCAAUAGGCAGUGGUGUGAUUCGAUCUUGUCAUACAGCUGUUGAGCUAUUCAAAAAUGUCUGUGAGCGAGGACGCUGGUCGGAGCGGCUGAUGUCUGCAUAUAGUAGCUAUAAGGAGGGCGACACUGAUUCCGCUUUGGUGCAGUACCUGUUGUUAGCUGAACAAGGCUAUGAGGUGGCCCAGAGCAACGCUGCCUUCAUACUGGAUCAAAAAGAAGCUAACAUUUUUGGUGAAAAUGAGACCUAUCCUCGAGCACUGCUACACUGGAACAGAGCAGCAGCACAAGGUUAUACAGUUGCAAGAAUCAAGCUUGGAGAUUAUCAUUUCUAUGGCUACGGUACAGACAUCGACUACGAAACUGCUGUAAUUCAUUAUAGACUUGCCUCCGAGCAACAACAUAGUGCACAGGCCAUGUUUAACUUGGGCUACAUGCAUGAAAAGGGUUUGGGCAUCAAACAGGAUAUUUAUCUUGCGAAGCGAUUUUAUGAUAUGGCUGCGGAGACCAGUCCUGAUGCUCAAGUACCCGUCUUCCUAGCGCUUUGUAAACUGGGAAUGAUCUACUCGAUGGAUUACCUGAGUGAAACCAAAUUCCGAGAAAUAUGGAUGCAGAUUGACUUGGAUGCACUACUGGGCCCCGAGUGGGAUCUUUACCUCAUGACUAUACUAGCUCUGCUUUUGGGAACUGUGAUUGCAUAUAGACAAAGGCAGCAACAACCUCGCUUGCGGGCACCAGAACCUCAACGUGGGCAACAGUAGCAAGGAUGCAGUCUUGUUCUACCAUACCAUCAACAACAGUGCAAGAAAAAAGUUCAUCUUUAACUUUUAUGAAAUGCACAUUUUCUUAUUAAAAUAGCCUGUUUUGGGGCUUACCAAGUUUUUAGUUGUUUAGGUCAGUGCCUGAAGAAUAGUUUUACAAAUGCCACAAAGCUAGUCCAUCACCUUUGAAACAUUGUUAAUUUAACUUGUAUUAAAUAAAUCUCCCAACUUUGAGUUGAACCCAAAUUGUUUUCCAUGAGGAUAUAGAAAAUCCUGCAAGAAUUGUUCUUAGAAGUGCCAUUACACAAAUAUAUCGUCACCAAAUGAACACGGAUCUUUUCCUGCACUUUAGUCGUUUGAAUUUGCCAACAUUUGCCUCACUGUCAAAGGAUUGCUUUCAACAGCCGGUCUGCUUAAGGAGGUUUACACUUGUCGAAUGGUGACUUUGUUCCACUUCAGACAUCUUGAAAUCAGCUAUAACUAAUGAACAAUUUAUGGAUUAAAUUUACUGCAAACCUGAAAACAAAUUUCAAUUUGGUUAUUAAUGUGUUGCAGAUUUAAUGUUUUCCCCAGUUUUGAGUGAUUGUAUUGUUUUAGUUACCCCAUUGGAAAAGGGGUUCUCCUGGUACUCAUUUUCUCUGGAUUUGACCAUUUUGCAAGGCAGGAUUUAAAAAUACUAAAACUGAACUAUUUCAUAAUAAUGUGAUAAGGAUAUUUUUUGAAAGUGUGCAGAGCUGAACCUGAGAGACUAAUUUGGUUCUUGACAAGACAAAUGUUAAUGGAAAUAAAGUACUCAAUAUUUAAUGAUGGGCAAGUGACAACAUGUUUGAUAUCUUAGAUGUCUUAAUUGAAUGGGGUAAUAAUUGGAGUUUAAUGAUGGAUUUGAAUAACAGCAAAUGUAGAGUGCAGUAUAGAAUUGUGUGUUUACCAUUGGGGAACCACUAGAGUGGGGGAGGGAGGGGAAAGCCUAAUUCUAGGAAGCCCACUUAAACACUGUCUGGUUGAAAAAUCAGUAAAGUGAUCUCUGGAGCAAAUAGCCCAUAAAGAUUGCACUUUGUUUUGGGGCAUAACUGAACGCUCAAAGCAUAUGUAUUCCCUUUAAAAUUGGGAUGGGUAGCUGUUGUAAAUGUAUGAUAUUGUAAAUGCAUUGAGGAUUUGCUGUGUAAAAUUGUUUAAAAAUGUUAAUAAGUUGUACAAACUUUUUAAUAUGCAGUCUAAUUAGUCAUUAAAGUGUAUUUAAGCUUGUUUUAAUAAAAAUAUGUAAGUA